AAAUGGGUAAUCAUUUUAAUGUAAUUUAUAUAAUUUCAAAUUUUUAUUUAUGAUUCUCAUUUUUUUUGUGUAUUAUUACAAUAUUAUUAAAUUUCAAGGCACUACGUAAGUAUGGAAGGAGACUGAAGUUGGAUGUAUCGUCAUCGUGAUGAGAUGGGAUAUUGGAACAAUGAAUUUGAUGUUGGAGUGGAUAGUUUCUUAGAUUUUGCAUUUUCACAGACAGACUCAAUGUUUUGUGCUAAAAAUAUGAUUCGUUGCCCAUGUACUAAGUGUUUGAAUAGAGAGUGGCACCAUCGACCUAAAGUGAGGGCUCAUCUCAUCACAAAUGGCUUCAUGGAUGGUGCUACUGUUAUAGAAGAUGUAGUGCAAUUUGGUUGUGGUUUUGAGGAUGCAUCUGGUGGUGAUGAGUCAAUAUUUGAAGAGCCCAGAGGAGAUGCAAAAAAGUUCUUUGAUCUCCUACAAGCAGCUGAGACACCUCUUUUUGAUGGGUGUGAUGAUGGUGUCACCAUUUCAAAAAAAUUUGAAAGCCAGUGCUAUUUAGAGUGCCCGGUAUGUGGAGAGCCACAAUUUAAGCAGAGUGAUGUUCAUUCUGCUAAGCCCAUAGCAAGAAAGUCUUUAUGGUAUCUCCCAAUUAUUCCUAGACUUCAAAGAUUGUACAUGUCUAGGAAAACUACCGAGCAUAUGAUCUGGCAUUUGAAUUGUUGUAAUGAAAAUGAAAAAAUUGUUCAUCCUGCAUGUGGAGAUGCGUGGAAACACUUUGAUCGCACCCAUCCUGACUUCGCUAAUGAACCGAGUAAUGUCAGGCUAGGCCUAUGCACUGAUGGGUUUACUCCUUUUGGACAAUCUGCAUCUCCAUACUCUUGUUGGCCAGUCUUUGUGUCAAUUUACAAUUUGCCUCCUGCAAUGUGCAUGAAGGAAGAGUAUGUAUUUCUUUCAUUGAUUAUCCAAGGUCCCCAAAGUCCUGGAAAGAACAUUGAUGUAAUGCUGCGGCCACUAAUUGAUGAUCUUAAACAACUUUGGUACUCUGGGGUCCAAACUUAUGAUAGCUUUAGACAUCAAUACUUCCUGAUGAGGGUUGCAAUUAUGUGGACCACUAGUGACUUUCCUAGGCGAAUGCAUUGUCUUAAGUUGACAGUCAAAAACAAAGCACGCCCAGAAGCAUCCAUAUGUGAGAGUUACAUAAUGUCUGAGAUCACAAACUUUAUCUCACAUUACUUUGAUGAAGGAGUUGAUGGUAGAAGUGACCGCCCCUCUAGGAAUAUUGUUGGUGGAUUCGAUACAAAUUGUGGACUGUCCAUCUUUACAUAUGUUGGGAAACCUAUUGGUUCAAAGAUUAUGAGAUGUUACUUGACGGCAGAGGAGUGCAAAGCUGCUUCAUAUUAUUUGUUAAUGAAUUGUGAAGAAUUGCGAAGAUGGGUCAAAAAUCCAACCAACAAGGCCGGAGCUGCAAUUUGGGGGAAGGCCGGCGGCAUGGAAGAAGAAAUUCUGCAGGGAACUCACGGGUUUUACCCAAAAUUGAAGGAACCAAGAGCAAUUAAGGUAAACCCAAGGCAAUUAAAGCUGGAGAAGGGAGAUUCAUGGCUGUUUCUUACAAGAAAAUCAAAGCAAUUCGCCCCCACAAAGCAGGAGCAGCCGGCGGUGAGGAGCAAAGCAAGGCAGAUCCGAAAUUUCCUGCAAGGGGGGAAGGUAAGAAGUGAUGAGUUCAUUAAUGUCCAUGAGCACAUAAAAGGCUUAUCCAGUGGUCCAAAGAAUACAAUUUCAUGUUAUAAUGGAUAUAUUGUCAAUGGAUUUAGAUUUCAAACUGCCACCUAUGGUAAAAAUAAGAGAACAAUGAAUUAUGGUUUCUGUGUUGUGGGAUCUAUUAGAACUGAAUCAGACUAUGAUUUCUAUGGGGUGCUUCAAGGAGUCAUUCAAAUUGAGUACUUUGGAUCAAUCCAUCGACAAGCAGUUGUUUUAUUCAAAUGUGACUGGUAUGAGAUUCCUCCAGCUCAUGGGGUUAGAGUCGAUCAAAAACAUCGACUAGUUGAUAUUAAUCCAAGAAGAUACCUUCGAGCUUAUGAGCCUUUUAUUCUAGCUAGUCAGGCUAACCAUGAAGAAGGAUUAGCACCAUAUUAUCAAGAUGAUGACCCUUCUCUUCCUCACCCAAUAAAUAUUUAUGAGAUAAGUUAUGAACUUGUACAGUAUUAUGAUGGAACACUUGUUGAAGUACAUGAAGAAGUAGAUGAUAAGGAAGAGAUUGGAGAAAAGGAUGAUGAAGGGGAGUGGGAAGACUUUGAAACGUUUGAUGAAGAAAACAUGGAAGCUUAUAUUUCUGAAAAUGAUAGUAGCGAUGAGUAGGCGAAUUUGUUGUCAAAACUAGUUGUUAUUAAAUUAAGUUUAUAUUUGCUUAUUUGAACUUCUAAAACUAUAUUAUUUAUAUUAUUUGUUUUUUAUGUGUAAUUUUGUUAAUAUUUGGUAGUUUACUUUACAUGUUUUGUAUGGUUUUAAUUGUAUUUAUUUUAUUUCACAUAUUAAUCUUAAUCUAUUAAAUGCUAUAAUUAUAU